GCUACGGGGCCGGGCUCGGCGGCCGGGAUGUCGCCCGGCUGCAGUUAGCCCAGCCAGGCCCCGGGGGCUGCAGGUAGGAGGGGCCCGGAAAAAAAAAUGGGAGCGAAGAACCGGAAGGAGGGAAAGGCUCUCCUGCCUAGAUCUGUCCUAAUAUGGUGUCUAACCUGAGGCGGGGCUGUACCAUUGCCUGACUAUACGGGAAGGCGGCGGCUGAGGUGACAAGAAAGCCAAAGGCACGAGGGGAGCUGCGUAAAUAUUGGGAAAAGGUUGAAUAGCAAUUUUCAGAUUUUGGAGACUAAAAGUACCAAGUAAUCCUAGCGGGAAAAUUUCCCGAUAGUUCAAGUGGUCCUCGGCUCUCCCUUCCCCACUCGGAGACAUAGAUGGUGCCGUCCGGAAGUCCGGGCGGAGACUGCGGCUGCGCUGCUCGCGAAAGGUCAGGCGUCGCGGGGCCGGCCACUUCCGCACUUCCGCUUUCCGGCCCAGCCAGCGCCCGCGAUGACUGCCACUCUCCGCCCCUACCUGAGUGCCGUGCGGGCCACGCUGCAGGCUGCCCUCUGCCUGGAGAACUUCUCCUCUCAGGUUGUAGAACGACACAAUAAGCCAGAGGUGGAAGUCAGGAGUAGCAAAGAGCUCCUCUUACAACCUGUGACCAUCAGCAGGAAUGAGAAGGAAAAGGUUUUGAUUGAGGGUUCCAUCAACUCUGUCCGGGUCAGCAUUGCUGUGAAACAGGCUGAUGAGAUUGAGAAGAUUUUAUGCCAUAAGUUCAUGCGCUUCAUGAUGAUGCGAGCAGAGAACUUCUUUAUCCUUCGAAGGAAACCAGUAGAGGGAUAUGACAUCAGUUUUUUGAUCACCAACUUCCACACAGAGCAGAUGUACAAACACAAGUUGGUAGACUUUGUGAUUCACUUCAUGGAAGAGAUAGACAAGGAGAUCAGCGAGAUGAAGCUGUCGGUCAAUGCCCGUGCACGCAUCGUGGCAGAGGAGUUCCUCAAGAAUUUUUAAACCAUCUGGCUGGAUCUCGUGACCUUCCCCCUCAGACUCCCCCAUGUCUCUGCGAAGGCGUUCUGGAGUUAUUUCCCAGAGUGGCAGCGACGACAGCAGCAGCGACGGAAGGGAGCUGGGUUGGGGUGG